AUCCAGUGCACUGAUGGCGCAUUUACAGACAGAGUGGAGAGAGAUUAACCAAAAGUCAGCGGUUCCCCAUCGAGGUAUCAUUUCUUCAAACCAACACACACACACACACACACACACACACACACACACACACACACACACACACACUGUGUAUCUGUUGAGUUUCGUUUCUUGUGAACCGACCGCCCACCGGAAUAUAAACUCUGUUCUGCGGCAGUCGGUGCAGAUCUCCUCUCUCUCUCCUCUCUCUCUCCUCUCUCUCUCCUCUCUGCUCUCAUCCGCUCACCGACCUCCUGCUGUACAUCAGCCUGCUACACUGCGAGGACAGACUGCAAUAACACAGUAAGUGUCAUGGCGCUGUGGUCCAGGGUUAGCAGCUUCUAAAAGGCCAACACAUAUGCUAAAUCCUAAAUAUCUGUCAACCCAAGAGAGGAGGCAGGCCUUACCUGAAACCCCAGCAUUAGUGAUCAAGAUGUGUGAAAAGUGAGAAUCGGUGACAGGAAAAAGAAGUGAUGGACGUUUGCGAAGAAGGAGCCAACGCUGUCAUGGCAGAUCAAGGCGAGAAGAAGCAUCAGGAAGAGGAUCUGUCACCUGACAUCAAGGACUGGAGUAAACAUCAAGUGAGAGAAUGGGUUCUCAAGUUGGAUAAUGUGGACGACAGCGUCGCAGAAAUACUGUUUCAGCAGGACAUUAAUGGGGAUAGUCUUUUGCUUUUAGAUACAACAGACUUAAAAACACUGGGUGUGACUUUUGGACCAGCAAAACUCAUCAUUCAUGCCAGAGAUAAGGUUGUGAAAUUAAAGAAAGAGGAACCAACAAGCUCUACAAAUCAGCCUGGACGACCAUGCAAGCCUUAUCCAUUUUGUAGGUACCAUGAUACAUAUAGAUACAUGGAGAGCAGCAUUCUUGACAUUACAGAAUCCGGUGCCUCAGACCUAAUUGAACCCUGCCACGAGUAUAAAGGUUUUAUCAAUACAACAGAUGAAACAAAAAUGAGCAAGUUCACUACUGAGGUUAUUCGCUUUGCAGCUGCUUGCAUGAAUAGCCGCACCAAUGGCACCAUACAUUUUGGAGUAGGGGACAAGCCAGAGUUCACCCAUGGUGAAGUGUUGGGAGUUGUCAUUGAGGACAAAGAGGCUUUUGCAAAUGAACUAAAAUCUGCCAUUGAUGGCUAUUUUGAGCAUAAACAAAAACAGACUGCUCAAAAGUGCAUCAAGCCUCCUCGAUUUGUUGAAGUUCUCAACAAGAAUAUAACAUCAUCUGACAAAUGUGUGAUAGAAGUGGACAUAGUUCCUGACUCUACGAUCUGUGAAGAAAACAUCUUCCACAUUUACAACAUGGACACAAAAAAAGCCAAGAAAAAAGCAAAAGGUAAAGAAACGGCCAAAACUGAUUCGAAACCAUUCAAACGAUUCUUUGUUCGAGAUGGUGGUAGCAGCAGGGAUCUCCUCGCACCAACCACAUUCGCCAAACCUAUGGAAGAAUACAACCAGUUUGUUGACUGCAUGGCGCAAUUAUCACAACUCCGAAAACAGGCUGAAGAGAAACACCUUAGUGUGAUAAAAAGCAGUUCUCAAGGCUCUAGACUAAGUCAGAUGAUAACUGGUGGAACACUGUCUUUAGAUAAGUCACACUUUGAGCAGUAUGUGAUAGUAACUAACAAAUCACAUUCAGUCCAGUUUGAAUCACUCGGAUUUCUUGUGGAACUCAACCCAACAGCUGUUUUAGACUUUGAUCCAGAAUCAGCUAAAGAUGGAUUACAGCAUUACUUCGAACAACAGAGUACAGUGAGUGUCCAUUUACCGGCAAGGUAUAAAAUCACAGAAGGAGUUGAGGACAUUGCAAACAAGUUGAAAUUAACUCGAAACACCAGCUGGGUAUUCUGCAAUGGAGGUAUUCAGGAUGAGGCACCUUCAGACAUAGACCAGUGGUUGAUGGACAAGGGAGCCUCCAUUCGAGAUGUGAUUUCUUUCUUGUGUCGGAAAGAUGUGCUUCCAAACAAGAGAUUCCUUGUCAUUUUCUUACUUUUGUCUACAGUGAGUGAGAAGAUGGACCCUCUUGUUGAGACUUUCAGUACAUUUUGGCAGGAGCUCAAAGGCACACAACAAAUCCUGUGUAUAUGUGACAAUGAACAAGCAUUUACCUCCUGGAAGGACCUAAUCAAUGCUCGGUGUGGAAUUGACAUCUCUUUUAGAUGCACAUAUGAGCUCACUCUUACUGAAGUCAAUGGCACUAUUCUUAGUCUUCUGUCAAAAAACCGCAGAUCCAGCCGUUUCCUACCUUGUGGUGGAGGAAGCAAAGUCCUUCUUGAGAAAAAAGUGGAGCGUAGCAUGAACACCCUAGAGGUCUUGUGUGUGAACCAAUGUGAAGGGGGAAACGAGGACAGAAUUGUUAUAGAAGAGAACUUCUACAAAGGAGGAAAAGUGUCAUGGUGGAAUUUCUAUUUCUCAGAGCAGCCUGGAUCCACACCAUUUAUCAAACGAGACAAGUUUGACUUCAUCAUGAACACAGUCAUACCGGAAUUGUGCUCCCUGAGAAAAGCCUGCGUGUUGUUCAACCUCAUGCAUGUACCUGGAUGUGGUGGGACAACUUUGGCCAUGCAUACCUUAUGGGCUCUCCGAGACAGAUUCCGUUGUGCAGUCCUCAGAGACAGCAACGCUGACUUCACUGAAGUAGCUGAGCAAGUGGUCAAACUAUUAAUGUAUGACCAUGAAGAGCAAUUGCCACGGGUCCCUGUUUUGCUGAUGAUAGAUGACUUUGAUGAUAAGGAAAAAGUAUUUGACUUGCAGCUGCUCAUUGAAAAAGAAUGUGUGAGGAAAGACAUUCAGUCUAAGUCUGCACAGGUAAUUCUCAUGAACUGCAUGAGGUCAGAGUCCACUGACGAGAAUGAAGCAACUGAAGACACAGUACUCAUUGGAAAUGAUCUGACUGAGAAGGAACAGAAACUGUUUGAGGAAAAACUUGUAGAAAUAGAGAAAACACACAAGAAUACGCAAACCUUCUAUGGAUUCAUGAUCAUGAAGAAGAACUUCAAACCAGAGUACAUUCAGGGUGUGGCCCGCAACACCCUAAAGAGCUUCAACAUCAGUCAGAAAGAGGCACAACUCUUGGCUGUUUUAGUUCUGUUGAAUGUAUACGGCAAGGGUGCCUCUCUCUCCGUCUCUCUAUGUGAGGAGUUUCUUGGUCUUGAACCAAAACCAUUUUGUGGAACCAUCAAAGUUGAAGAAGGAUUUGGGAAAUUUUCACCUUUAAUUAACAGCUGCUCAGUUGAGAGUAAGGUAGUAUUCAAAGCUGUGAAAAUGAUCCAUCCAAGUAUUGCAAACUACUGUUUGCAGGAACUUACAAAAACACACAAUGUGAGCAAAGCUGAUAUUGCCGACCUUCUGCUGACCACAAACACGUUUUAUGAGAGCACACAAGGCAAAGACAAACUCCUGCAAGAUGUUCACCAAAUUUUGGUGAAGAGAUAUCAUUCACAGGAUGAUGAAUCUAAGUUCUCUCCACUAAUUCAAGACAUUGAAAUUGAAACCCCAGGACUGGAAGAGAUGGUGCUAAAAAAUGCAUCAAAAAGAUUUGAGAAAGAUGCCGUUGUCUCUCAGUUACUAGCCAGAUACUAUUACCUAAGAAAGAAGGAUUUCCCAGAGGCAAAAAUUUGGGCACGGGGAGCAAGAGAUCUUUCCAAAGACAGCUCAUAUAUCGCAGACACAUCCGCACAGGUUAUCAAGCAUGAGCUGAAGAAUGCCAUUGCAAACUGCAAGGAAGAGCCUAUUAGUCCUGACAAACUGAACAUGUUUCUCAAAAUGGCUCAGUCAGCAAUAGGUGCAUUCAAGGAAACACAGAGCCUUGCAAAGAAGGAGUCACUUCAACGAUUACAAAUCAAGACAGACAACUGCCCUUUUAAUAUAUCGGGGUGCCUGGGAGAAAUUCAGGUUGGAGUUCUUGUCAUUGACGUGCUGGCAAAGACCCCCAUAUUUUCUUCUCACAAUGUCCGCCAUGACAUAAUGAGUAAGGUUCUCUCUGGAGACCUAAAGCUUCAGGAUGUAGAGAGACAUGAUCAACGACACAGCAAACACAGACCCUACUACUUCAUUCUCAGACAGUUUGAGGAUGUAAUUUACAACCUCAAAUAUAGGAUGAAGGUGAACUUCGACUUCCUUGACAACUUUUAUGUGAACUUGGGCUCCAGAUUUGGAAUGAAAGACAGUCGAGAGCAAAUAGUCCAAAAGGAGGUUUUCAGAUGUUUCAGACAGUAUGCAGAGCUUUUUUGCAAGACAGACUCUGCAGCUCUUUUGAAGAAUAAAACAAUGCAAAUAAUGUUGGAACUACACAAAGCAAGACAAUACCUGGAGAUGAAUAAAGCUGAUACCUAUUCUGGGAUCCUGAAUUGUCUCUCAAAUGACACCUUACCUGACAAAAUGGAGAAGAUUGCUCGGCAGUAUGGUCUUGUUUGUCAUCCUCAUCAUAACUCGACUGUGAAGGAGAGAAUCAACUUCAUCUAUGUCAAUGUUGUGUUGAGUCAGAUCAAACUGGAAUCACAAUUCAUUUUGCCAUACCAGAAACUAAUGCAUUUCCUUUGCCAAGUUCUGCGUGAGCCAAUCCCAUUAAAUGAUAAUUUGCCACUGCACUUCAUUGCAGUUGUGCUGUUGUGGCCACAGCAAUACCUGUCCGGUUCAGAAUGUGGGAGUCUGGGGAAGUACAUCUCACAGAUGAGGACCUCGUAUCACACAGUGAUGAAGGAAGUGUACAAUGGGAAGUGGCCCACUAUCCAUUUCUUCCUGGGGAAGAAGCAGGGCUAUGACAGACUGGUACACUUACGGAAAAUCGAAAGGUGCAUCAUGGCUGGGCAGGAACAGUUUUCCUCCAUUUGGGCAAAUGGCAAAAUAUGGAAAGAGAAGAAAGUGGAGGAGCUCCUUUGCAGGAUCACUGGCGAGGUGCAGAACGACUUUAUACUGGCAGAUACUUGUAUCCCAGGUCUGAAGGUCGAAGUCACUCCAUUUUUUCGAAGUCAGCUUAGUGGCCAUGCUCAGGGCUCAAAAGUGUCAUUCUUUAUCGGUUUCUCGAUGAAAGGCCCCCUUGCACUCGACAUUAACUAGACAUGGCGUCACCAACACGGUGCCCACGGGCACCAGGUCGCCCCCAAGGACCACUUGAGUAGCCCGCAGGCCUGUUCUAAAAAUGAAAAUGUAAUAUUGAUAUUAUCUGUUUCCCACCUUGUUAAGUCAUUGUUGAUAAUUAUUAUGAGAAGUAAUUAACGUGAUCAGUGUCUUCACAUAGAUGAGUAUCAUUAAUCAUUAAUAAUAAAAAUAAUAUAUAACUAAAGGCAAACUAAGCAAAUUUGUUAUUUCAGAAGAGUGUAUCAAACUGGUAGCCCUUCGUAUGACUCAGUACCCAUGAAGUAGCUCUCAGUUUCAAAAAGGUUGGUGACCCCUGAACAAGACUAUGAACGCAGCCUGUACCAACUGUACUGUAUUUUCCGCUUCUCAUUGUAGAUCCACCUGUUUCAUACACCCUUGUAUACUUUGAAAAGGGAUUGAGUUGCUGUAAUGCUGUGAUACAUUUUUGUGUACUCUUGCCUGUGUACAUUACAUUGUUUUGUGUUAUUUUAAAAUAUAUAUAUUUUGCCUUUAUUAACAAGUCAGAUCAAGAUAGACAGGAAGGGUGUAGAGAGGUGAUGACAAGCAGCAAAGGGCCAGAGGUUGAACGCGAACCCAUGGCCGCUGCAACAAUGACUCAUGCUUGGUACCUGGGGUGCCAGACUACCAGAGUGACCCCACUGUGAGAUCAAUAAAGUCUAUCUUAUCUUAUUACAUUGUUCAGAAAUUUGUUUUGUAAAGGAAAUCAUUUGUCAAGUAUAACCUGAAAAUCAAACCUCUUAAAAAUGUUGUUAUAAUGUGUACUGUUUAUUAAUAAUGAAAUGAAAUAAUGAAAUUACCUGACAUUUGAAGAUGGAUUCAACCUUUUGUCAUGUUCUUGAUUAAUGUGAUAUGAAAUGAAAUAACCUGCAUCAUACAUUUACUGUUGGGGAAAUACAAGUAUGUAGGAAUUUACAAUGUUUUAUGUAUUGUAUCUUUGAUUCUGCAUUUUCCAUUAUUGAUGAUGAUGAUGUUUUUACUUUUCAUUUCUUGUAUUUCAUUUUUUUUUUUACUUUAAUAGAUAUGGAUUUGUUGAUUUUUAUUUUUUUUUAACUUUUUGUGUUUAUUUGGAUUCUAUGGUACUACUGAUAUGAUGUUUGAAAUACAAUUUAUUUUAACCUUUUUUAUCAUUAUGUUUUACAUUACUUAAGUGAUUUUGUUCAAACGUCUUUUUCUGACAUUCCAUGAAAAACAAUGAUGAGCGUUGAGUUUUGUAAUAGUUUUUGAAAAAAAAGUACUGUAACAUAACCAUGUGAGAAUGUAUUUUACUGUCUUGUACUUGUACACAUAUUACUAAUAUGUGUACAAGUUGUUACAGUAGUCCUAAAAUUUAAGUACAUUGUACUAAGCUGCAUUUUUUUUAACAUGCCAUAGUUACUAACGUAGAAUAUAAAGAUACACACAUUAAAUACAUACAUAUUUACAAUAAGUACAGCACAGUAGUCUUCUUUAUUACUUAAGGAUGUUUGUACCUGUAUCAAGCACUGGAGGGCGCCAUAAGCAAAGAAAUGAUGAAACCCAUGGGUUAUGUGUUCCACAGGGUCAGUGAUUGCCCAUAUAAUAAUAUAGCAAUGUAAUGUUUUAUUCUUAACUGGUUCCUUUUUAGAAAAAUCAUGUUUAAGCAAACUUUAACUUCCCUUUGGAUUUCGUGCUACUGGAUACUUGUCAUAUCAAAUUAAUCACUGCAUUAAAAGUGAAACUGAGAAUGAGGCUCACUUUUUGUUUUGCCAUCCUGUCCGAGGACAUAAGGGAUGUUCUUUUUAGUAAAAUGUCCUCCAUUUAUGAUGAUUUCUUUUGGCUUGAUGAUUAUGAAAACCUGGAAUUGUGCUUUAAGAAGGGAGUCUCCCCUGCAGAGAACUUUUUGUGCCAAACCUGGGAGAGAAAGCAGAAUAUUUUAACACCGAAAAAUAUGAUAAUGUAUAAUUUGUAAUGGAAUAAAAUGUUUGAUCACUGCAA